AUGCCAGUGCUAUCAGAAGAUUCAGGACUGCAUGAGACUUUGGCCCUGUUGACAUCUCAACUAAGACCUGAUUCAAAUCACAAAGAAGAAAUGGGAUUCCUUAGAGAUGUCUUCAGUGAAAAAAGUCUAAGUUAUCUAAUGAAGAUUCAUGAAAAGCUCCGCCAUUAUGAAAGACAGAGUCCAACCCCUGUUUUACAUAGUGCAGCAGCUUUAGCCGAGGAUGUAAUUGAAGAGUUGCAGACUACACCAGUGAAUAAUGAAGAAAAAGAGCUGCUUCAGCUAUUGUCAACACCACAUCUUAGGGCAAUGCUUGUAGUACAUGAUACUGUUGCCCAGAAGAACUUUGACCCGGUCCUUCCCCCUCUGCCAGACAAUAUUGAUGAUGAUUUUGAUGAAGAAUCAGUUAAAAUUGUUCGUCUAGUGAAGAAUAAAGAGCCUUUGGGUGCCACCAUCAGAAGGGAUGAGCAUACAGGAGCUGUGAUUGUAGCGAGAAUCAUGAGAGGCGGUGCAGCUGACCGCAGUGGUCUUGUCCAUGUUGGAGAUGAGCUAAAAGAAGUCAAUGGGAUUGCUGUGCUUCACAAACGACCAGAAGAAAUUAGUCAGAUUUUGGCUCAAUCUCAGGGAUCAAUAACAUUAAAAAUAAUUCCAGCCAUCAAAGAAGAAGAUCGUCUGAAGGACAGCAAGGUAUUUAUGAGGGCACUCUUCUGCUAUAAUCCAAAAGAGGACAAAGCCAUUCCCUGUCAGGAGGCAGGGUUGCCAUUUAAGAGGAGACACAUCUUAGAAGUUGUGAGCCAGGAUGAUCCAACAUGGUGGCAGGCAAAGCGUGUUGGUGAUACCAACCUCAGGGCAGGAUUGAUCCCUUCAAAACAGUUCCAAGAAAGGCGUUUGAAUUAUAGAAGAACUGUAGGCACUCUGCAAAACUCCAAAACUGUAAAGAAGCCAUUAUAUGAUCAGUCUUCUGAGAAAGAAGAUUGUGACUGUGAGGGAUAUUUCAAUGGACAAUAUAUAGCUGGUUUGCGGAGGAGCUUUAGGUUAAGCCGAAAGGAGAAACACAACAAUCAGAAUCAAGCAAAGCAAGCAGACAUAUCCGAAUUCCUAACAUAUGAAGAAGUCACUAAAUAUCAGCAGCAGCCGGGAGAAAAGCAGAGACUGGUAGUUUUGAUUGGUUCUUUGGGAGCCAGACUAAAUGAGCUCAAACAGAAAGUUGUGUCAGAGAAUCCACAGGAGUAUGGUGUUGCAGUUCCACAUACAACAAGGUCAAAGAAAAGUCAUGAAAAAGAGGGAGUGGAAUACAAUUUUGUCUCUAAGCAAUCAUUUGAGAUUGAUGUACAGCAUAACAAAUUUGUUGAACAUGGAGAAUACAAAGAGAAUCUGUAUGGAACAAGUCUCGAGGCAAUCCAAUCUGUUAUGGCCAAAAAUAAAGUUUGUUUGGUGGAUGUGGUACCUGAAGCAAUAAAGCACCUGAGAACACCAGAGUUUAAACCAUAUGUUAUAUUUGUGAAGCCUCUUGUUCCAGAAAAGAAAAAAAAUGCACCAACAUCUCCAACUUCAGAAGAAAUCUCAGCCCCACUUGAUGAAGAACAGCAGGACAUUAUUAAUUCAGCAGCAUUUAUUGAAGAGCAGUAUGGCCAUUUAAUUGACACUGUGCUGCUGAAAGAAGACCUCCAGAGUGCCUAUAAUCAGUUGAAAACUCUGCUAGAGAAGCUGAAGGAGGACUCAUUUUGGGUGCCAGUGAGUUGGGUUAGAUCAUAG